AUGACAACCAGAAACAUUCCACAGCUUCUGCUAAUCUUCAUGGGGGAGCUCUUGUUGCAAAUUAUCCAUGGGAUUGGACCGAUGAUAGAAGUUAGACAUUUUCCAACUUUGCAUGUUCUAUCUCAUCGAUUUCAGGGCUUAAUAUGGAUCAUAUUUCCUCUCAAGGAUCCUUUUGAUUCAGGUCUUUAUUCAAGGAAAGAUGGUAAUAUUGUUGGUGUAGUAUGUAUGUUGAGAUCGGCCUCAAAGGUGUUUUUGGGCAUCCAUUUUCAGACAAGGCAGGAACUGAAUCUUAUCUUACACUGGUUUAUAUUUACCUAUUAUUUGUGUUUAAAAAGUUUCUAUUAGAUUUUUCUGAUAUUUGUGUUUUUUUAUUACAUUUUUGUGCAUGAGAGUUGUUUAGAACUACCUAUUAUUUAUAUUUAAAAAACCUUUUUACUUCUAUAUUUGGUGGUUUUAAAAUAUAGAUGUAUGUUUAAAAAAAAUUCUGUGUUGAAUAUGUAAUUAUUUUUAAUUUUUUUUCAUGAAUUCAUAAUGUUUUUCAUAAUGCCAAUAUCCGUCGC